AUGGACGUCUCGCAGCAGCUAGCAGACUUUGAGGCAUCGCGCAGCACCGAUGUGUUGACGCGCGCGACCCCUAUCGAUGUGGACAUCGGACUCCUCGCCGCGUACGACACGACGCCAGUGGACGCCGAGGAUGGUGACCGCGAGUCGCACCUCCUCGCGCUGACGCUCACGUCGACGCAGGCGCUUCUUGGUGGACUGUUUACGCUGCAGACCAAGAGCACGGAGCAGGGGCCAGUCGUCAAGCUCCCCGAGCCCGAGUUCAAGCUGCCGCGUGAGAAGCCGCUGCCCAAGCCCAAGCCGCUCACCAAAUGGGAGCGCUUUGCCAACGCCAAGGGCAUUUCCCACAGCAAGAAGGACAAGAAGGUUUGGGACGACGACAAGCAGGAGUGGGUCAACCGCUGGGGACGCGACGGCAAGAACCGCGAGGGUGAGGACCAGUGGCUUCACGAGUACAAGUCGAACGACGACUCGUCAGUCGACCCUCGACACACGGCGCGCGCAGAGCGCAAGGCGCGCGUUGCCAAGAACGACCGGCAGCACGCGGCCAACGUCGCCGCGGCCCUGGCCAACCCCACCUCUACGCUUGGGCGGGAAACUGCUCCCGCGUCCACAGCCAGCAAGGACGUCAAGGCCUCGUCCCGGUCAGUGCGCAAGGCCGAGCUGGAGCGCAGCAUGCUCGUUUCCAAGACGGCCACUGCUUCGCUUGGCCGGUUCGACAACAAGAUCGAGGGCGAGCCGCGCGCCAAGGGCAUCAAACGCAAGUUUGAGGCGACGGUCGGCGACUUUAAGAGCGAGAAGGACGCGGCGAUGAGCAUCCUCACCAAGGUUGGGACGGCGGAGCGCAAGAAGGGCCCAAAGAAGGGCGGAGAGGGCGAGGAGGGCGGCCUCAACAAGCGCAAGGCGGUGCGCUUCGAGGAGCGCAAGCAGCAGCUCGCGAACAAGCGCUCGAAGGGGCGCAAGUGA